GCCUACAGCUAGAGUCGUGUCGGUCAGGAUCAGGAAUGUGCCUAGCGCUGCUACCGUGUGUGACCGUGUCUUUGUGUUAGUGUUGGCGAUGCUUACUCUACACCUUGUGAGGAUUAUUCCAUCAUGACAUGGGAGCUAUGGCGUACCGUCCGUCGAGUGUAGUAGGCUGCAAUGGCAUACACUUCACCGGAUCGGCUGUCGCCCAUGGUGUGUCCCCUGGCUAAGUUGGGCAGAACGUCACCAUCAUCCCCUGACCAGCGUUACCUGCGAGCGUCUCCUGCAUCCAUAGACCAGUCUUACCACAGCCCCCUGGGCAGCUACAGCGGCUACUCGCAACAUGUGUCGCUACUAGGACGUUCUUCUCCCUGUCCGGACCAAGGGUACCAUACCCUGGUGUCCCCCAGCCCCCCGUGCUGGGCCGAGACGGCUCUGACCAAAGGCAAGCGCGGACAGACUCGACCCAGCAACUUCGACCGACUCCCGGACGAUGUGGUGCUCAAGGUGUUUUCGUGGCUGUCCAGCAGCGAGUUGUGUGUGUGCGCGCGGGUGUGCCACCGAUGGGAGACCCUGGCGUGGGAGCCGUCACUGUGGCGCACCAUCACACUGGCUGGCGAGGGCAUGUGCGGUGACAAGGCGGUGCGGGGAGUGUUGCGGCGACUGUGUGGUCAGAACAGGACUGGUGCGUGUCCCAUGGUAGAGCGGGUGUUCAUCAGCGAAGGUGCGCGACUGACAGACAAGGGACUGACACUGCUGGCCCGUCGCUGUCCAGAGCUGACCCAUGUCCAGCUACAAGGCUGCUCGGCCAUCACCAACACCGCUAUCUUUGAUUUGGCUACUAGAUCGACCAAUCUACAACACUUAGACAUUACUGGAUGUGUGCUAGUGUCUUGUAUCAGUGUAACUCCGGGCCCUGAACCGCCCCGUCGUCUGCUGCUGCAGUUUAUCGACCUCACUGACUGUGCUGCAGUUGAUGAUGGAGGACUCAGAGUUAUCGUUAGGAACUGUCCUCACUUGGUCUACUUGUACCUGCGAAGAUGUUCGAAGAUCACUGACGCAGGCAUCAAGUUUAUUCCGAGCUUCUGUUCAACGCUGCGAGAACUCAGUGUAUCCGACUGUCAUCAAGUGACGGACUUUGGACUUUACGAGUUGGCUAAGCUGGGGGCCACACUGCGCUACUUGUCAGUGGCUAAAUGUGUACAAGUGAGCGACGCUGGGCUCAAGGUGAUCGCAAGACGCUGCUACAAACUCAGAUAUCUUAACGCACGAGGCUGUGAAGCUGUCAGUGAUGAUGCUAUUACAGUUUUAGCACGGUCUUGUCCCAGACUGCGAGCUCUCGACAUCGGAAAAUGUGAUGUCAGUGACGCUGGACUGCGUGCUUUGGCAGAAAGCUGUCCAAACUUGAAAAAACUAAGUUUGCGACAAUGUGACCUUGUGACUGAUAGAGGAGUGCAAUGUAUCGCCUACUACUGUAGGGGCCUACAACAACUGAACAUUCAGGAUUGCCAGAUAUCACUUGAAGGUUACAGAGCUGUUAAAAAAUAUUGCAAGAGAUGUAUUAUAGAACAUACAAAUCCCGGAUUUUUCUAACUCAUGUAGGAUGAUUCCAUUUGGGAAUUGUUGGUUAAAAUUUAGUCGUUGAUGGUUUCAGAGAACUAUUACUGAUUUAUAAUCCAGUACUGGUAUCAAAAAUUUAAAUGGUAAGCACUGAAUGGAUUCUUUGACUUAAAGAACAAAAACAAUUGUUUAUUGGAUAUACUGUAAUUAAUACGGAUUAAAGUUAUAACCUUGACAAAAGAUACGUUUUAAACUUGGAAAACACUGUUUAAGACCUUGAACUUAAAUCAACUAUUUUAAUAAGAAUACCAAGAAUGGGAAAAAACUAAAUAAGAAUAAAUUUUUAUAACAAUAUCGAUGUAACAAAAUUUUGUUGACACUAGCGAUCAGGAUUAGCAACAUGACCAGACAUAAAAAACAAACUCUAGAUUUUAGAAUGGGAUGAGAAGUCAUUUUUUUUAGUUAGUCUAUGCUAUUGCUAAUACAAACAUUAGCACACAGGUUCAAAAUAACUAGCAUCUCAGGGUCCUGGUCAAAAACCGAUGAUAACCUCUCUUGCGAAGGAGUGGGGAGCGUGACGUCACUAUCUUCUCUUGAGGGAUACCAUUACCGCAACGAUGCGAAGUUUAGCCAUCGGUGAGGUGUAGUGGAUAGAGUCUCGGCUGAUGUCCAUGAGCCAACCAGAUCGAAUCCCACCGGUGACACUAACUUUUUGUCAAUGAUUUUGCUUAGAAUGGGAUUACUUCUUAACUGUACAUCUUUUUUUUUAGAAUUUGAGGCAUUUAUAAUUUUAUUUUAUGGACAGAACUAUUUUUUCGAUUAGUAAACCUUCAUUCGAUUUUUACCUUAUACCUUUUUUAUAUCAUCAGCAAGUUUGGUUCGUUAUGUUUGGUUAUGACAGUUUAAUUUUAUAAUUAAGAAAUUAUACAAUUAAUUUUAUAAUUAAGAAAUUAUACAAUUAAUUUUAUAAUUUUUCUUUAAUCCACGUGAGAGGCUCUCCCACAAUCCCCCACUCCUUCACAGAAGAGGUUCUCAUUGGUUUUUGAACAGCCCCCUAAGACCAGACCCCUGACACGAUUUAGUUUAGAAAUAUAGUUAAAAAAGUCAAAAGUGCUGUUUAGUGCUUUGUUUAUCCAUGUUCUCUAAACAGAUGUAAAAAAUUUAAAUUUUGUUUACAAUUCGGUCAGCUUAAGAUUGCUUUUUCUAUCUUUGUAACCGUAUGUAAUCAUAUGUAUCUAAUCUUGGAAUAUAAGUUAUGCCAAACUAACUUUUUAAUAAUCUAGGUAUUUCAAUGUUACUUUGACGGUUUUGUAUCAAAUUUAUAAUACUUAGCUACUUUAUACAUAAUUGUAGAAAACUGUAUUUUAUUGUAUAUAGAUAGAGCUGUAGAAAUCUGUUUAUACAUAUUUGUAUCAAAUUUUUAAUUUAUAAAGAUAUUAUAUUGUUU